UAUGUAAUUCAAUUUGUAUUAGUUUUAAUUUAGGAAUUGUAAACCGUACAUGUAGAAAAGAAUAGAUUUAGUUAUCUCUUGAGACCUAUUUAUACUGUAGUCUCGUGACUAAUACUAGAGAUAACGAACUUGAAGUGCUUGUGAAAUUUUGAUAAAAAAAUGUUCACAGUCAGUUUGUUAACGUAACUAAAUGGUAAUCACACCAGCACGUCCUGGGGAAAGAAUUUUGCAGUUUAGUUGAUGGUGUCCCGGCAUUUGUUCUGAAACAUUUUUAAGAUGCAAUUUAUGUUGUUAUUUAGUCGUCAAGGAAAGCUACGGUUACAGAAAUGGUAUGUAGCCCAUCCUGAUAAGUUAAAGAAAAAGAUAACCCGCGAAUUGAUCACGACCAUUUUGGCCAGAAAACCGAAAAUGUGCAGCUUUUUGGAAUGGAAAGAUUUAAAGGUGGUUUACAAACGAUAUGCCAGUCUGUAUUUCUGUUGUGCAAUUGAGCAAGAUGAUAACGAGUUACUCACACUGGAGGUGAUCCAUCGCUAUGUGGAAUUGUUGGAUAAAUACUUUGGAAGUGUGUGCGAGUUGGAUAUAAUAUUCAACUUUGAGAAAGCUUACUUUAUUCUUGACGAGUUGCUGUUGGGUGGGGAAAUACAAGAAACUAGCAAAAAGAAUGUAUUAAAAGCAAUUGCCGCGCAGGAUUUGUUACAAGAGGAGGAAACGCCUCAAGGAUUUUUUGAGGAUCACGGAUUGGGUUAACAACUGAGUACAUUAUAAAAUUAUGCUAUAUUUUUCUACAGAGAAAUUAUUCGCUGUGGGUAUAUAGCUUCAUGCUAACUUUUCAAAUAAUGAAAUCUUGUCAAAGGACAUGCUCAUGACACUAGUUAUUACAUUGCAUUUUAGGUGGAUAGGUAUUAUGCAGGUUUUCGAUCUACUAUAAUGAUUGUUUUUUUUAAUACGUAAUUAAAUAAGUAUGACUGAUGGCAAGUGCAAACUCAAGUACAGUACAAGUACUUGUGUGUAUAUGUAACGCUAUUUAAUUUAAUUAGAAGAGGUGAUCAAUUUUGCGCUCUUUUGGAGGUGCCCAAACGCUCGUUUGUUCGUCGUGCAAAUAAUGACGAUGUCCAACGAGAUUUGACACGAGGUAUAACUUACAGAAACACUUACUUCCUCUUUUGCGCAUUUGUUUUACAAUAGUAAUUAGAGUAAGCCGUGGGAACAUUUUCACUCGCAGAGCCCACAACUCCCAUGCUAAAAGUGGUUAGCGCCAAUUUAUCCGCGCGUUGUUUUUUCUUUACCUUAAAGCAGUAAUAUGCUGUCGGUCUGGCAAGCUUCUGUUGUUUCACAACACCGACUAAAUAACUUUAACUUAAUUUUACAUUGAUUACAUUGCAUAAAUUCAUUGUAAAACAAGGAUAAAUUUAGUUAAAUUAAUUUAAAUAGCGUUGCAACUCUUUUGCACUUCUUGGUUCUACAUCCACUAUUGCGAUAGGUUGGUCUUUUUUAAAGUUUAAAAAUAAUAUUCCAGAUACCUACAUUACAUUCACAUAUUGAUUUUUUCUAUGUGCUAUGUUCGAUCCACAUCUAAUUUUUGACUUUCUACCAUGUUCCUAGAGCAAUUUUUAGAAAUCUUUUUUGUCUUAUUGUCUCUAUUAAGCAUAAUUUGAGAGCCAUAUGUCAAUUGUAACUAAAAUCGUCAAGAAAGUUACAUAUUUUUUAAUGUCAGCACUCAAAACAAGUUUUAGUUACAUAAUAAGUGGUGACAAGGUAUUACCAUUUAUAUAACCCUAGUGGUGUAACCAGGAGGCUGUGUACAAAAAUCAUAUACACAGCACACUUUGAUACUGACAUAUUUUUUGCGCCCAGUUUUAAGCUAAGGAGUACUUGGCCACCUUUGCAAAUAAUUUAAUGGAACAAUAAUACGCGUUUGUUGAAUUAAGUGUGUUAAUGAAUUCUGUAAUCUUUAAAUGAGUGGAUUUUACAGAUUAGACUUUUGUAAUUUCAUGACAAUUAAUUUUUGACGUUGCUCAUUUUUUUGCAAUAUCAUCAAAUACAUAUUGCGCCUACAUACUUUAUUCUAGUUUUGACAUGACGUACCUACGCCUCUAUUUUUUCUUGUAAUUAGCUAUUAAACUGUAAAACAAAUUAGAGCUGAAGUUGGAAUUAGAUAGCUAUUCUAUACGAAAGCAUUAUAUACUUAAGCAAAUUGUACUAAAUAUAAAGAGAUUCAGUGCUAUAUAAAUUUGCGUUCCCUUUUUUUUCGUUAUAAAACCAUUUGCUAUAGUAUUUGUGUCUAUUUAUCUAUUGACACAGUUUAAUACUAACAAAGUACAGAUUUCUACUGUGUGUCUUUAGCUUUACACACCAUGUUGUGCGGCUAAAGUGCAUCAAAAUUAAUUUAAUAUUUCAUUAUCUAAACUAAAAUAUUACUAUGGGCAUAAAUAAGUAACGAUUUGUAUUAAAAAUCAUGACGGCCUCGGGCCUCUAUACUAACUAACCAAUAAAACAUUCCCUCAACAUAGGUCUAUUAUAGCAUUGAUUCUCUUUACAUACUCUUUUUCGUAUAAGUGUAAUAAGGGUUAAUGUACCUAGUAAAUAAAAUAUUGUUCGAUCAGUUAGUAAAACUUA